AUGGAAAAGCUGCAGCUCGCCCGCGCACACGCUGCCCGCGCCGAGGCCGAAGGCGCCGCUCGCCAUCAACUUCAGCAAACGCAGCAACAACUGCAGCAGCAGCCACGCCAACGAUCACAAUCGCAGUCACAGUCGCUGUCGCCAUCGCCUCCACCACCACCACAUACGCCGCGGGUACAUCGUAGCCAUGUCGACCUCCGUCACCAGGCGCACUCUCGUCCCCAGACACCUCCGCCCUACUCGGGCCCGUCCGACCCGGCCGCAUCUGCGGCCAUUGAGCAGCCCAGCGUCGACGACAGCUACCCGCACAAUGGUACCAUGGCCGCCAAGGGCUUCCCGCAGUAUCCGGGUCUGCCCAAGGUUGACUACCGCAUCUACUCGCCGCCGCUCUUCAAGCUCUCCUCGGACCUGACGACGCUCACGUCAAAAGCCGAGUAUCUGUCCAACAAUGCCGCCGCCCUCGUCACCCUCAUCCGCACUCAGGCCUCGGUCCCGCCCAAGCCCUACAUUGUCGUCAAGGGCAACCGCGGCCGCAAGGUCGAUUUCGAGGUCAAGCUCAACCUCAUGGCCCUGCUUAUCCCCGAGGACGGCCGGGCCCGCAUGGACUACAUCCGCUGUGUCGGCCACAACGAGGUUGCCUACCGCGGCUCCACCCGCCCCGACGUCCUGCCCGAGGUCGGUGACGGCGGCCUCGACGAGUGGUGCCGCCGUUUCGUCGAGGAUCCCGCCGGUAUCAAGAGCUUCACCCUCGAACGUGUCGUCGCCAACCUUGAUGUCGGCUGGAUCGACGGCCAGAUGCGCAGCCUCAUCGCCUCGCUCAAGUACAAGGGCAACGUUGAAAUCACAUUUGUCGUCACCCACAGCAAGAUUACCGUCCAGAACCCCGACAAGGUCAAUCAGUUCUUCACCUCGGUCACCAGCCUCUUUGCCGGCAAGAACAAGUACGAGGUUGUCAAGUCCGUGUGGCCUUUUGCCUCGUCUCGCAGUGGAGAGCCCGGCCGCAAGUGUGCCGUUCAAACCGAAGAGACGUGGUGGAGGGAAUGGCGCGGCCCUAUUGGCUAUGCUAUCGCUCAGAAGCGCCAGGGCUGGGUGACCGUCGAGGAUAAGCUCGAGGCCGUCAUGGAGGGCAAGGGCAGCAACAUGGCCCCGGUGGACUGGGGUCAUGUCGAGAAUGCACAAUAA